GUCAUUUCUGACAGACGAGCAGCGCCGCAUAGUGGAGUUUGAGGGUUCCUGUUACCAGUGGCAACUGAUCAAACAUCUCCGCACUGUAAACAUCCACAUUUAACCAAAAUGACGUGUCUUUAUUAGGACAAAAAUAACACUCAAGUGGUUUUGUAAACAUGACCUCCCCGCUGUCUAUCCUGAGGAAGAACAGACGAGCUCCUUUACCAGACCUACACACUGAUGGGGAGAGAAAGCCUCACAAAGAAAGGUCAGACAGCGACUAUGAAGAGAAACUAUUCCAAGACAUUUUCCCACAAAACCAGCCAGUGCCACGUGUUCCGGAUCAUCUUUCCACUUUAAGAUCUAAGUUCAUGCAAAAGAAGAAGGCAAAAGCAGCUGUGCCGAGUGAUUUUGAACUGAUGUCAAGUAUGAUGCAGAAGAUCUGUCACCUAGAGAGAAAAGUGAAAACUCAGGCUGUGGAUAUCGAGCAGAAGGCGAGAAGAAUAGCAGUUCUGGAAGAGAAACUGAAUAUCCUGCGAGAGGCAAAAGUUUUAGAGGAAUCUGCAAGUAAUGAAAACCAAGAUGAAGGAUUGGUUCAGUUCUGCCUCAAGCUUCAAAAGCAAGUGUGGGAAAUGGAGAACUUUCUGAACGACUAUGGAAUGAUCUGGGUCGGAGGUUAUGAAGAAAACCAGGAUGAGCGAGCUGAAAGUCAACUCACAGGAGCAAGCUCUGGCCGCAAAAGAUUUGAAAUGAACUUUGACCUGGUCAUGCAGAACGUCAAGGAACUCAAUCUGGAGGCAGGAGAAGGAGAGUCUCAUGUGACGGCCAUUCCUGGAGGCGCCAAACUGACCCAGAAGCCUCCCAUACCUCUCUGGUUGUACAAAAACGGCAUUGUCAUGUUUAACGGUCCAUUCCGCUCCUAUCAAGAUCCAACCACACAGGAAUGCAUGCAAGACUUGAUGGAUGGGUUUUUUCCUUCUGAGCUUCAAGAAAGAUUUCCCAAUGGUGUGCCUUUCCAGGUUAAUGACAGACGAGAGGAGGAGUUUAUAGUUCGACGACCGCGGGCCGAAUUUCCUGGAAGAGGACAAACUAUAGAUGGAGGACAGCAGAUGAUGGACAGUUCUGAGAUCAGCUCCACAAUACCAAAACAGAGUCAGAUAGCAGGCAGAAAACUGUCCAUGGAGCAGUUCCUGCGGAAGCUUCCAGAGACUGUGGUGAAGGCAGGCAAAGUGAUUAGCAUACGGGACUCAGUAAAGGCUCAUCUACUGGGCCUCUCUGAUGAUGCCAAGAGUCGUUCAGCAAUCAUUGUGGAAACAUCCGCCCUGCAGAGCUCCAGGGAAUGUGAGAAUGAUUCCUCAAAGUCAGCAAAAGAUGUCAGCACACUGCGAGUGAAGUCUGAGGACGGCACGGACACAUUCAUCAUCAAAAUGUACUUUACUGAGACCAUUGGAGAUCUGCGUCAAUACCUGGACGUGAAAAGAGGUCCGAGUGCUGCAUCGUAUGACAUCAUUAGCGCAUUUCCACAGCGGAGAUACAGUGAUGACACUCAGACGCUGCUGGCGUGUGGUUUGACUCCAAAUGCAGCGCUGCUCCUGCGUGCACAAGCUCCAGCUCACAGACACUGAGCUCAAACACAUCCAGUCUCCAGUGAGCUGAAAUCCUCAUUAGCACACUUUAAUGCUGCUGACAGUUUUACUGAUCAUGCCUCUUAGUUUGAAUUUUGGAAAUUAAUAAAUCUGUGAUGUCUGGACAUGACAUUAAAGUAAUUAAAAAUACAAUAUAAUAUGGUAAUACUGAAGCUAUGAUAAAAA